CGUCUCUCUAGUCUCUGCACUUGUCUCCCAUUAAGGUCCCAUCCAUGGGGGGGCGGAAGCGGGAGCGCAAGGCGGCCAUCGAGGAGGACACCUCCCUGUCGGAGAGUGACGGGCCCCGCCAGCCCGAUGGGGAUGAGGAGGAGAGCACAGCCCUCAGCAUCAACGAGGAGAUGCAGCGCAUGCUCAACCAGCUGAGGGAGUAUGAUUUUGAGGACGACUGUGACAGCCUGACUUGGGAGGAGACUGAGGAGACUCUGCUGCUGUGGGAGGAUUUCUCAGGCUAUGCCAUGGCAGCCGCAGAGGCGCAGGGAGAGCAGCAGGAAGACAGCUUGGAGAAGGUGAUUAAAGAUACUGAGUCCCUAUUCAAAACCCGGGAGAAAGAAUAUCAGGAAACCAUUGACCAAAUAGAGCUGGAGCUGGCUACGGCCAAGAACGACAUGAACCGGCACUUGCACGAGUACAUGGAGAUGUGCAGCAUGAAGCGGGGCCUGGAUGUGCAGAUGGAGACCUGCCGCCGGCUCAUCACCCAGUCUGGGGACCGAAAGUCUCCUGCUUUCACUGCGGUCCCGCUUAGCGACCCGCCGCCGCCGCCACCAAGCGAGACUGAGGACUCCGAUCGCGAUGUCUCAUCUGAUAGCUCCAUGAGAUAGGGACGCACCUCCAGCCUGGCGCCCCGGGGCCCCACCCAGCCUGCUGGGAACUCGCAGAGGCAGAGGGGUGGGGGGUUCACAGAAGGGGAACUUCAUCCGUCCCACCCGCCGCACCAAGCCUCGCCCCUGGGGACUUGGGCACUUCCCCCUCUGAUUUCCUGCCUUAGUCCUUGGCCUCCAGGGCUCUGAGGUGUCUGGAGUGAGGCUCAGCCCGCCCUGCCCAGACUGCCCUGCCCCCACAGCUGGGGCUCCCUCGCCUUCACGUGUGGGUGUCUGCUACCUUCUCAUCUUCAGAAUGCUGCCAGAGCCAUGGUGGCCCCUUACUUGUCCAUUGAGUAAGGAAUGUGGUCGUCAGAUCUCCUUUCCAUCUCUGUGGCCUCGAGCCAGCUUACUGUCUUUGAUUCUGUACUGGUGCUAACUGGCCCAGGCACUGGUAUGAAGUGGGUUAGGCUGGUCGUUCCAGGGCUUGUGCCACAGGUGCAGUGGGAGGGGGCUUCCUCUGAGGGGCAGCUGAGGGGAGGCAGGACUGGGUGCUCCUCCCCCCCCCCCCGUUGUCAUCCACCCGUGGAUGGCGGUGAUGGGGCUGUGACCCUUCCCUCGUGGAAGUGCCCUGCAUUGUAGGGGCCUUAGUGCCUCCGGUCUCGGUGGCUUCUGGAUCUGCCUGGGUGCCAUGCUGGGGAGGGAGACGGAAGCUCUUGUUUGUUUCCCAACGCUGAGGGCAGAGAAAAAGGUGAAGCUACCUGUGUGUGUGUGUGUGUGUGUGUGUGUGUGUGUGUGCCCGCGAGUGCGUGUGGUGUGUGUGUGCACGUGUAUGUGUGCUCAGGGUCUCAGUUUCUUCAAGCAUCAGCUGAAGAUGUGCCUCCUCCGUGUCUGUGGUACGUUCACUGAGAGCAGCAGGCUGAGAAGAUGUCCCGGACGAAAAGCUUGGGAGAAGGUGGGGGGCCGUGAGUGCAAGCCCCUCAGCAGACCCGCCUGCGGGGAGCUGUGCUGAGCGGACACUUGAAUGGAGUCUUUAAUAAUAAUGAAAGUGGCGAGUAUUUAUUGAA